AUGUCGGGUCGUGCGGGGUCUGUGGCAGUGGAAAAUAGAGUGCUGGUGGAUGCUGAGUUCGUGGCUUCGGCAGCUAAGGACGUUCAGGUCGUGGUUAGCGGUUGUCAGACGGCUGCGAAGGUUAUCCAUGAAGCCAUGGUUCAACAGAAGUAUUCGAUGGCAACCUGGUCGAGUCACGAACUGAAUCCUAAGAAUCCAGAUGCUAGCACUGUUAAUUGGAUUUUGACGGUGGAUCUGCUGAAUUUCAGUUUUUGGUCUGAGAACUUCGACUCGAAUGAUACGGGUAGUCCUGAUACUCAGAGGUUUGCUGUAGAGUAUCACGGUAAACAGUUCACUGGUUAUUGGAGUCUGGUCGCCGCUAUUAAUAGAGCUGUGUAUGAAUAUGGCAUUCCGAUUACAAGCCCAGAAUAUUGGGCUUCUGACGAGUUUACUGAAGACGUGCUUCGAAAGGUUUUUGCUAGUAGCACCGCGGAACAGGUUCCUCUUUUCGACGAGAGAUACAGAGUUUUAAAAGAAGCUGGAAGGGUCAUUCAGAACGAACUACUAUCACAAGAACAACAACAACGCAAACUUGUUUCUUCAACCGAUAUCUUCGAUACCGCUUCUUCAACGACAAAUGCAUUUAUAGACCUAUUUAUUACACGAGCAGAUAAAUCAGCGCUCAAACUAGUUGAACUCGUGAGCACGAAAUUCCCCUCGUUCUGCGACACCGCGAGCUACCAUGGCCGUACUGUACAUAUCAUGAAACGGGCUCAAAUCCUCGUGGCCGAUAUCUGGGCCUGUUUUCAGGGCAAGUCGUAUGGUGAGUUCAACGACAUCGACCAAAUCACUAUGUUCGCUGACUACCGAGUUCCACAAAUGCUGCAUUCACUAAACUGUAUCUCAUAUAGCACUGACUUGACCCACCACCUCACUAGUCAUCUGCCUCUUGACAAUGGCGACCCUCGCGAAGUCGAGAUUCGUGCUUGUAGUAUUUGGUCGGUAGAAAUCAUCCGCCGCGAAAUUCUCGCCAUUGAUCCAUCUGCUCCUAUAAACUCCAUCCUCAUCGACUAUUAUUUAUGGGACACUGCUAAAGCCAUCCAAAAACAGCUGGGUCUCGACCAGCACAGCAUGAUUGCCUGUCACCGCACCCGCUCCGUCUUCUACUAA